CGCGGCCCAGCAGGCCCAGCAGCCCCGGGGCGGAUGGCACGGGCCGCCUGUCUUCUCCGCGCGGUUUCGCGCGCCCUCCUACUCCCGCUCCCUCUGCUGCUACUGCUGCUGCUGCUCCUCCUGCCGCCGCCGCUGAUGGCCCGGGCCAGGCCACCGGAGAGCCAGCGUCGCCACCCUGUGAAGAGAGGGCUGCAGCUCCUGCAUGCAGCUCUGCCUAAUGGCUUGACGUCUGCCGCCGCCUCCCACCGGGCCCCUGGUCCUGUUAGCGGCUCCAGACCUCUACGAUGUGGUGUGCCGGACCCACCUGAUGUCCUGAGUGCCCGAAACCGACAGAAGCGCUUCGUGCUGUCGGGGGGCCGCUGGGAGAAGACAGACCUCACCUAUAGGAUCCUCCGGUUCCCAUGGCAGCUUGUAAGGGAGCAGGUACGGAAGACGGUGGCAGAGGCCCUCCAGGUGUGGAGCGAGGUGACACCGCUCACUUUCACCGAGGUGUACGAGGGACGCGCUGACAUCAUGAUUGACUUCACCAGGUACUGGCACGGGGACAACUUGCCAUUUGAUGGGCCUGGGGGCAUCCUGGCCCAUGCCUUCUUCCCCAAGACCCACCGAGAAGGGGAUGUGCACUUUGACUAUGAUGAAACUUGGACUAUUGGGGACAACAAGGGCACAGACCUGCUGCAAGUGGCAGCUCAUGAAUUUGGCCAUGUUCUGGGCCUGCAACACACCACAGCAGUGAAGGCCCUUAUGUCCCCUUUCUACACCUUCCGCUACCCUCUAAGCCUCGGGCCAGAUGACCGAAGAGGCAUCCAACACCUCUAUGGCCGGCCCCGGCCGGCCCCCACCUCCCACACCCCAGCCUUGGGCUCCCAGGCUGGGAUAGAUACCAAUGAGAUCGCGCUGCUGGAGCCAGAAACCCCGCCAGAUGUCUGUGAGACUUCCUUUGAUGCGGUUUCCACCAUCCGAGGAGAGCUCUUCUUCUUCAAGGCAGGCUUUGUGUGGCGCCUGCGCGGUGGGCGCCUGCAGCCUGGGUAUCCUGCUCUGGCCUCUCGGCACUGGCAAGGACUGCCCAGCCCGGUGGAUGCAGCUUUCGAGGAUUCCCAGGGCCAGAUUUGGUUCUUCCAAGGUGCUCAGUACUGGAUAUAUGACGGGGAGAAGCCAGUCCUAGGCCCUGAACCACUCUCCAAGCUGGGCCUGCAGGAGUCUCCGGUCCACGCUGCCUUGGUCUGGGGUCCUGAGAAGAACAAGAUCUACUUCUUCCGAGGUGGAGACUAUUGGCGUUUCCACCCAAGAACCCAACAUGUGGACAAUCCUGUGCCCCGACGCACCACUGACUGGCGAGGGGUGCCUUCUGAGAUCGACGCUGCCUUCCAGGAUGCAGAGGGCUAUGCCUACUUCCUUCGUGGCCAUCUCUACUGGAAGUUUGACCCUGUGAAGGUGAAGGUCCUAGAAGGCUUUCCUCGCCCCAUAGGUCCUGACUUUUUUGACUGUGCAGAGCCUGCCAACACUUUCCGCUGACAACACCUUGGGUGCAUGUGGGGGUACUGCCUCCUGCUGGGCCACUUAUAUUAAAGAGACCCACAGCCAUAUUUGUGGCUCUGGGCUACAGGCAUGGGACAGUCAGAGCCUAUGUAUCCUCAGGGGAGUCGGCUGGGGUACAGCCACAAUUUGCAGGGAGGACCAUGCUGGUCGUGGUCAUCUGCCAACAACUGUCUCAGACUGGGCAAAGGCUUUGGCAUUACUUAAAAAUAAGGGAGGUCUUGGGCCGACAAUUUUCCACCUAUCAACGUUCCACAGUCAACCUGGAUGCCUAAGGCCUCCAUCUCUGUCCCUCAAAGUAGAGCUCCACAGGAACUAAUGAACCACGUGUCUUCGUUCUAUUCCUGUAAUGAGGUUCCUGUCGGUAGUGGUGUCGGUGAUGAGACGCCCAGGGUACUAUUCUGCCCCAGCCAUGCAAAUGGGCCUCAGGCAGUAUCUUUCCUGAUAAGGCAGCUCUAGGGAGAUGCUGGACUGAUUACCUUUGGGCAGGUGAUUCAGGUGUGUUUCCUGGGACCCAGGCCAAUAAGGUACACAGUCAGCCAGGGAGGCAGCUGCCUCCUCCCGGAGAUGCAGCCUCAGAGGCCCCACAUACCUCAGUGCCUUGCCC